GGAAAGGGGUUAAACUCUGCCUCCAGCUUCCCUUUCCUACUCCAGCUCCUCCGGUUCCCACAGGCUCCUCGCUCUUGCUGCUUGUGCUCUGGGAGUGUCCUGGGAAUCGCGGAGCAGUUUGCUCCUUUGGGGGGCACCACGAGAACUCUGGGAGGGGGAUAGGCAGUGGUAGCGUCCCCAGAUGAAGGAAGCCAUGGGGCUCCUGCCCUUGGCUGCCUUUCUCUUGUGCCUCCUGGAAGAGAGCAUCUGCACUACUCGGAGGUACUACAUCGGGGCUGUCGAGCUGUACUGGGACUACAGGAAGAGCGAGCCGCUCGCCACUCUCAGCCUGGACCCGGGACUUUCUCGAAGAGGCUCAGAGGCUUUGGGGGCCAGUGGGUCCCCCGUGUAUAAAAAGGCCGUGUUUGCAGAGUACACCGAUGGCCUCUUUCGUCAAGCCAAGCCCAGAGCUCCGUGGAUGGGUCUCCUGGGUCCUACCAUUCGGGCAGAGGUCCAUGACACAGUGCUCAUUACUCUGAAGAACAUGGCUUCCCACCCAGUUAGCCUCCAUGCCAUUGGGGUAUCCUAUUGGAAGGCCUCAGAGGGGGCCAGGUACAAUGACCAGACCACUCGCGCAGAGAAGGAAGAUGAUAAAGUAGCCCCAGGUGCUAGUUACACAUAUGUCUGGCGGGUCCUGAAGGAAAACAGCCCCAUGGACCAUGACCCACCAUGCCUCACCUAUGCCUAUCUCUCCCAUGUGGACACCGUGAAGGACCUGAACACGGGCUUGAUUGGGGCUCUGCUGAUCUGUAAAGAAGGAAGUCUGGACAGAGACGGGGCACAGCACUUACAGGAGUUUGUGCUGCUCUUUGCUGUCUUCGAUGAAGGGGAAACCUGGCAUUCCGAGGCAGCCGGCCCCAAGACACAGACUCAGGCAUAUGGGGCCAAGAAACCAUCCCCCAAAGUGCAUACGAUCAAUGGCUACACGAAUGGGUCUUUGCCAGAUCUGGUGGUGUGUCACAGGAAGCUGAUCCAUUGGCACGUGAUCGGGAUGGGCACCACUCCUGAAGUCCACUCAAUUUUCCUGGAAAGCCACACAUUCCUCGUGAGGAAUCACCGCCUCACCUCCCUGGAGAUCUCCCCGGCCACCUUCCUCACUGCUCAGACGCUGCCGAUGGACACCGGCCACUUCCUAAUGUUUUGCCAGAUCCCGUCUCACCAACAUGGACACGCUCUCAGGCCUUCUGCUAAGAGAGCCUUGUCUCCUCGUACCCAAGAUGGCAUGGAGGCCUCUGUCCACGUGGAAGCCUGUCCGGAGGAGCCCCAGGUUCGGAUGCACAAGGAUCCCGAGGCUUACUACGAUGACUAUGAGGAAGACACUCAGGUGUUCCUGAUGGCUGGCGGCGGCGGUGGCGGGGGCACGUCUUCCUUCCUACAAGCCCGCUCAGUGGCCAAGAAGCACCCCAAAGCAUGGUUUCAUUACAUUGCAGUGCAAGAGGUCGACUGGGACUAUGCACCCGCAGCCCUUGCUGACCCCUCAGCCGGAGGUUCUAAAAACCGUUAUCUGAACGGCCACCUGCAGGGGCUUGGCAGGAAAUACAAGAAAGCCCGCUAUGUGGCCUACACAGAUGAAACCUUCAAGACUCCUCAGUCUAGUCAGCAUGAAUCGGGCAUCUUGGGACCUUUGCUUUAUGGAGAAGUUGGUGACACACUCUUGAUCGUAUUCAAAAACUUAGCCAGCAGACCAUACAAUAUUUACCCUCAUGGCCUCACCAGCGUCAGUCCUCUGCAUUCGGGGCGGCUGCCUAAAGGUGUGAAAGACAUCAAGCACGUGCCCAUCCUGCCGGGCGAGACGUUCAAGUAUAAAUGGGACGUGACUUUGGAGGAGGGACCGACCCAAGCAGACCCGCCGUGCCUGACAAGGUACUACUACAGCUCCGUCGAUGCCCAACGAGACCUGGCUUCAGGCCUCAUUGGGCCCCUCCUCAUAUGCCGCAAAGAAACUGUGGAUCAAAGAGGGAAUCAGAUGAUGUCGGACAAGAGGAACGUGCUCCUCUUUUCCGUCUUUGAUGAGAACCGCAGCUGGUACUUGCCAGAGAACAUGCAGCGGCUCAGCUUGGACGCAGCUGAAGUGCACCCCCAGGAUUCUGAGUUCUACACCUCCAAUGUCAUGCACAGUAUCAAUGGCUACGUGUUCAACAGCUUACAGCUGGCCGCCUGUUUGCACGAGGUAACCUACUGGCACAUACUCAGUGUUGGGGCGCAGACCGACUUCCUGUCUGUCUUCUUCUCUGGCUACACCUUCAAGCACAAGAUGGUCUUUGAGGACACGCUCACCCUCUUCCCAUUUUCUGGGGAGACUGUCUACAUGACCAUGGAUAACCCCGGUACCUGGAUGCUAGGCUGCCACAACCCUGAGUUUAGAAACAGAGGCAUGACAGCCUUGCUGAAGGUGGCCACGUGCCCCCUGAACACUGACUAUUCUCUGGAGUACUACGAUGAGCCACCGGCUGAUUUGUUGAGGAAAGACAGCUUCCUGGAGCCCAGAAGCUUCCGGAGCACUGGGCAUCAGCCCCCAUGCUCCAGCAAGCUGCCCUCCCCAAGCACCGCAACAGCUCAGACUGACCCCGUGGAAGUCUAUUCCCAGCACCAGGACGACAGCCAGGUGCUCAAGGCACAAAACCCGAUGUCUGGGCAUAUUCCAGGGCUUCCCGAGCACUGCUUGGCCGACCCAGGCAAUCUGUUCCAAUCAGCUCCAGAAGAUACAACCUAUGAGCCUCUUCCUGUGGACUCUCGCCCUGGGCCAGGAGAGCAAGGUGACCAGGGCCUAGGCAGGUCGCAAAAGCUCAGGCAGCCAACUGAUUCCCUUGCUUUAAAUCAAACGUUCCAGCACCCUAGGACUGGGCCAUGGGUUCCACUACUACAGCCUGGCCUCCGACCCCAAAGCAGGAACCCCUCCUGGGGACAUCUGCAGGCACCAAUCAGAGUAGCCAUGAGGAAGGAUGCCGAGCUUCCAGGGUCCUCGGAGAGCGUUACUUUUUCUCCAGACGUUUCAUCUUCUAACGUAGUGACAGCAGACCCAAAAGGGACAAUCGCAAGGGUCUCUUCUGUUCAGUGGAAAAGUGCAGGGCCUGUGGCAAGACAUCCAGAAAGCCUUUUCCAAAAAGCCAAGGUCCCUCCCCUAUCUGAGAGAGCUACACCCAUGCACCUAAGCAACCCUAACCCUGCUGACUCCAAAGCUUUAAAAGUGGCUUUGAUGGAUGGGAAGAUCGUUCCCCUAGAAAGCAAAAUGUCUUCCCUGCUCAGGGACGGGGGAUUCCAAGAAAUGAGUGCUCAAGGAGCUGUAGAAAAGGCCUUCGAGGGGGACGUUUCCUUGGCCAGAUCCAGUAUAGUAGCCCACAACUCUGGAAGCCCUCACAAUGCCCCGAUGCUUUCCCAAAACAAGUCGUUGAUCCAGAAGGCUAUCGUGUCAGUAAAAGAUACAGAGCCUCACAAAAUGCCUUCUCGUAGUUAUGGCAGAACUCUUCCAGACAGGAACGGAGGCCUUCCUGUGCCCCCUCAGCUGCCAGCUGAUGUCAUGGGCCUGAGAAAAGAGCUCACAGACUCCCUGAGAAAAAUAGACUUGGUCCCACUGGCUAGAGACAAUGUGAGGGCUUCGUCACCUCACCGGGACGGGCUUCUCUUUGGUGUGGUGGCACCAGCAGAUUCGGGGAAUAGUAAGAGGGCGAUGAAGAGAAAGGACUCCCAGAACCCGGAGACAGAGACUGCCCUGGAUCGUCCUGUGACCGUGGUUUCGGUACUUGAGCUUUGGAGCAAGCAGAAUCCCUUCUCACAAAAGAGCAUGAUGGCCCCAACAGAGGAGACAUUCACAAAUGGGCCAGACCUCAGAGGAGUGAGAAUGACAGGUGACACCAGGAAUCUGUGGCCUACUCCCUCCGUCCCCGGCUCAGGGACACAUGCCCCCAGACAAAGACCACAGCUUCAAGAAGCCACAGAAAGGAAGGAAGGGCCCGCCUCAGAGAAUACGACGGCCUCCCUCCCUCCCUACUCGGGGGCCAACAGAGAGAAACUCCUGAAGUCCCUUUUCUUGUCAAACAUGAAGACUAGCACAUUGGAAAGAGGAGUUGAGAAGGCUACGCACGAGCUAGUCUUGCCAAACUCCCAGCUUUUGACCAGUACAGUGAGUGGUCCAACCAGUGACGCAGGGCUCCAGAAGAUGCAUUCAUUUGCCAGGGAAGGGAUGCUACUUCAAAAGAGUGUGCAAGAAAUGAGCCCAGAGAGUCAUACUUUGGACAGUCAUGGUGAGCACAGAAUGGACAGAGACCUAGGUCCAAGCCAGUGGAGCCAUUCCCAGACAGAGAUGGAAAGAGGAAGUGAGCUUGAAGACAAGACCAUGGCAAGCCAAUGGUCAAAAAGAAGGCAAUUUCUACUCCAAGGUAGCACCCUCCAGAUACAGAAAGAUGUCACUUCCCACGCUCCCUUGACAUACUGGCCUGCAAGUAACCAGGGGACCUCGGGGCCUGAUGACUCCACAUUGCCUACUCAAAAGGCCCAGGGAGUCCCAUUCCCGAGCCCUGCCCAACUCAUUCAGCCCUCUUCCUAUACAGACUCUACUCCAUUACACAUUAACCACCUCAAGGAAAGAAGCUGGGCAACUGAGGAAGGCUAUCGGGCUAUGCCCGCAGUCGGAGGGCGUGCCAGUCCUUUCGACACCUUUGACUUAGAGCUUUCAGAAGGCCAAGAGGUGGGUAGUGCCCAGGGAGAGGCGACCUCUCUCAAAAAAUAUCCUGGAAAUUUGGUGCCUGGAGAAACCCUGACCAACUUGGACAUGGGGCCCGGGACGCAAGUGACUCCACGUUCAAGUGUCACUGAGCACCUGCCUCACUUAGCAGAGGCUCUCUCUCUUAGAGCACAGGCAGCUACUAAAUCUGGCCAAGGGAUGAGGUCCGAGGAAGUGGCCUUAAGAGAAGGGAAAGCCAAAGCCUGGGCAAGGCCUUUCCCAAGAGAAAACUAUCCUUUUUUCUGGGCUAGUCACACUGCCAAGCAGAUGUUUAUAGAAGAUCAUCAGUCAGACAAGCAAGCUUUUCUCCUGACAGAGACCAUUCCCGACCCGAGCCUUGCCAAGAGAGGAGAGGAACAAACAGAGAGCACAAGUCCGAAACGAGCUGAGCUCCCCUCUACCUUGGGCAGCAGUUCUUUUGGGAGCCCUCAACAACCGUUUGCCUCAACUUCAGUCCAGCCAGAGACAGAAAAAGCCAACUAUGAUGACAGCAGCCUGGAAAUUCAAGUGGAAGAUUUUGACAUCUAUGAAGAUGGUGAGAGCCAAGGACCUCGCAGUUUCCAGAAGCGCACUCGCCACUACUUCAUUGCUGCCCAGGAAAAAAUCUGGGACUAUGGGCUCAACCAAUCUCCCCACUUCCUAGGAGGCCGGGUCCAGAAUACCAGUGCCUGGGAAUAUAAGAAAGUGGUUUUCCAGGAGUUUGCAGAUGGUUCCUUUACAGAGCCUCUGGUUCAUGGGGAGCUGACUGAACACCUGGGACUCCUGGGGCCUUAUAUCAGAGCAGAAGUUGAAGACUAUAUUGUGGUCACUUUUAAGAACCAGGCUUCUCGGCCAUACUCCUUCUAUUCCAGCCUCAUUUCCUAUGAGGAACAUCAGGGGCCUGAAAGUGCCCUCAGAAAGAAAGAAGUGAGACCUAAGGAGACCGCAACAUAUUCUUGGAAGGUAGAGCCCCACAUGGCCCCUACUGACAAGGAGUUUGACUGUAAGGCCUGGGCUUAUUUCUCUGAUGUCGAUAUGGAAAAAGAUCUGCACUCAGGGUUGAUUGGGCCAAUAUUGAUCUGUCACCCCAACAAGCUGAACCCAUCUUAUGGCCGACAGUUGACUGUCCAGGAAUUCACUCUGUUCUUCACCAUCUUUGAUGAGACCAAGAGCUGGUAUUUUGAUGAGAACAUGGAGAGGAAUUGCAAGCCUCCAUGCAAGGUCCAGGUGGAUGACCCUGGUUUUCAAAGGAACAACCGCUUUCAUGCAAUCAAUGGUUAUAUGAAGGAUACCUUGCCUGGAUUGGUGAUGGCUCAGCACCAAAGGGUCCGAUGGUAUCUGCUUAGCAUGGGUAGCAAUGAAAAUAUCCACUCCAUUCACUUCAGUGGCCAAGUGUUCACUGUGCGGACAAGGAAGGAAUACAAAAUGGCGGUCUACAAUCUCUAUCCCGGUGUUUUUGAGACGGUCGAAAUGCAGCCAUCUCAAGUGGGACUGUGGCGGGUUGAGUGCAUGAUCGGCAAGCACCAGCAGGCUGGGAUGAGCGCCAUCUUACUGGUGUAUGACAAGCAAUGUCAGAAUGCUUUGGGGAUGGCAUCGGGACAGAUCGCUGAUCCUCAGAUCACAGCUUCUGGACAAUAUGGCCAGUGGGCCCCAAAGCUGGCCAGACUUAACUCUGCUGGGUCGAUCAAUGCCUGGAGCACCCAGGAUGCCAAUCCUUGGAUCAAGGUCGAUCUGUUGGAGCCAAUGAUUGUCCAUGGUAUCAAGACCCAAGGGGCUCGACAGAAAUUCUCUAGCCUCUACAUCUCUCAGUUCACCGUCAGGCACAGCCUCGAUGGACAGACAUGGAAGAAUUACCGAGGAAACUCUACUGGGGCCUUGAUGGUCUUCUUUGGGAACGUGGACGCGUCGGGAAUCAAAGCCAAUGUCUUCGACCCCCCCAUCGUGGCCCGCUACAUCUGCCUGCAGCCCUCCCACUUCAGCGGGCGCAGCACUCUGAGGAUGGAGCUGCUCGGCUGUGACCUGGCCAGCUGCAGCCUCCCCCUGGGCAUGGAGGAUGGCGGCAUCUCGGACGCCCAGGUCACGGCUUCGUCCCACAAGGCCGGCGCCUUUGCCAACUGGGCCCCUUCCCAAGCCCGCCUCCGCCUCGAGGGCCGGACCAACGCCUGGAGGCCCCAGGAGAACGGGCGGAAGGAGUGGCUGCAGGUGGACUUCGGGAAGCUGAAGAAGGUCACCGGCGUGACCACGCAGGGCACGCGCUCUAUCCUCACCAGCAUGUACGUCAGGGAGUUCGCGCUGUCCAGUAGCCGCGAUGGCCGACACUGGACCUUCUUCCGCCAGGGGGACGGCGUGAAGAUCUUCAAGGGAAAUCGAGAUCACUCCAGCCCGGUGGUGAACCCCGUGGAGCCGCCCCUGUUUGCCAGAUUCCUGAGGAUCCACCCCUGGAGCUGGGCUAACCACAUUGCCCUGAGGGUGGAAGUUCUGGGCUGUGACACUCAGCAGGUGGCCUGAAAGCUUGGCCUGCCCACCCUUACUGCCACUUCCUCUUCCUACACCCUGCCUGGGAGGCCCCUGCUCUUAGGGGCAUCAGGAGGUCAGGGAGACUUUGGCUGGGCCUGCCUGCCCUGAAGCCCUGCCACAUGCCUCACUGGAAUCCCCCCCCAGAAGUAGCGGCACACCCUCUCCAACAGAGAUUGUGGUCAAGGAGGGAGGGCAGCCCACCCCGCUCCCAACCAAAGUGGGCCCUGCUGGUCUGGGGGUGGGGGUGGGGGUGGAGGCCAUUAUCUGGGAUGAUUUCUCACAGCCCAUUAAACCCUACUGUUUCUGCAAA